CGAUCUCUAAAAUCAAAAUCUCGAAUUUUUUUUUUCUUUUUAUUUUUUAUUUUUUAUUUUGGAGGCGAGAGGAAUAAUUUUUGGUUGCGGUGGGAUUUGAUUAUAAUGGCCUUUCACGUAGCUUGCCCAAUUACAUGUCGUCGGAUCUGCGAUUGCUCCUUAGGGUUUUCUCGGGAUCUCCGAAGACCUAAUGGCGAAGACGAGUUUUUGAAGAAGGUUAAUCAAGUGGAGGAGUUUCGCAAGGAUCCUCGUGUUUCUUCUAAUGUUGUUCAUGGAUGCACGGUUCAGGUUAGGGUUCCUAAGGUUGUUCCUGCUCCUCAGACGGUUUCUUCUGUUUCGAUUUUGGGGGUUGGGGAUGGUGUUGGAGUUGUUGAUGAAUUGGCGGAGGAAGCUUCGGCUCAGAAGAAACGUGUUGCUCUUCAGAGACAAGCUGCUGUUACGGUUGAAGCUACUGAGGAUUAUGCUCGCAGGUUUGAAUCUGGUGUCAAUGAGCUUUCAUCAAGAGACCUUGCUGGUGAUGAAGUAGCUCACUCCGGCAUGAAUAUAAUGUGCAGAAUGUGCUUCCUAGGAGAAGGUGAGGGAAGUGACAGAGCAAAGAGGAUGCUUUCCUGUAAACACUGUGGAAAGAAGUACCACAAGAAUUGUUUAAAGUCUUGGGCCCAACAUAGAGAUUUAUUUCAUUGGAGUUCAUGGAGUUGUCCCUCUUGCCGGGUUUGUGAGGUCUGCCGUAGAACAGGAGAUCCUAACAAGUUCAUGUUCUGCAAAAGGUGUGAUGCUGCUUACCAUUGUUAUUGCCAACAUCCACCACACAAGAAUGUAAGUUCUGGGCCAUAUCUCUGCCCAAAGCAUAAUCUGGGGGCAAGGAAAUUAAAUGUCAGUGGUUCUUCGAAAUCCAAUGUUGUUUCUCAUUUAUCAAGGGACAAAGUCCAGUCCACUUUGGGAGGGGAUAAAAUUGAUCAGACUGGCGAAGUAAGAACCCUGAAGAUCUCUGGAAGGUUUGGGAAAACUCAAUCUGAAGGAAGUAAAGCUACAUUUGGGUCGAUCACACAGUUCCCUGCAUCAACAAGUGAAGGAAAUCACGUGGAUGACAAAACAUCCAUCUCGCCAUCUUUACAGAAAGAAGCAAGACCUCUGCUGAAAUUUAAACUCAGGAAACCUAAUACAGGAGAUCAGACAUCUUUGGUUACAACGCAGUCUGAAGAUGAAAAACUGAGUUCUGCAAAAGGCCAAAGAUCAAAGAGAAAGAGACCUUCAAGCUUAGUGGAAAUGGCUUCAAUGGAAGAAGACAAUGAAGCUACAACACCUUCUUAUCAAGAUAGUUCAAGGAACGACGAGCUGAUGGAUGCUAUCUGGAUUUUGAAGAAGUUGGGUAAAGAUUCAAUAGGAAAGAGAGUCGAAGUCCAUGGAUCUCAAAACUCAUGGCAUAAGGGAACUGUGACAGACGUUUCUGGUGACACAUCCACAUUGUCGGUUUCUCUAGAUGAUGGAAGCAUCAAGUCAUUUGAACUUGGAAAGCACAGCGUCCGCUUCAUACCGCAAAAGCAAAAGAGGUCGAGGAGCUGAUUGGACCAGUGAGCAGCGUUUUAGUCACUAACCUUCUGUUUGCGAGUCAUGAAGACGACUUGAUUGUUUAUCAAUAAGACGAAAAGUGCCAAACUGUGUAGAUAUUACUUGUGAUAUUAAAGGUGGUAGUUCCCUGUAACGCACUCACUUAGUCACUUGGUAGGUCCAUAGUUUUUGCAGACUCGUGUAACAAUUCGUUCUAACUGAAGCAUGUGAGAAAUUUCUGUUACUAAAUGGCAAAAUAUGGUAUUAACA